AUGUCAACUUUAUUAGAAAGGACUAAGAGUGUGCAAGAGCUGAAGAAGAGAGCUGCAGGGAAAACAUCCGCAAAUCCCGCAGAGGUCGCUAAAGCUAAAAAAGUACUAAGAAGGCUAUAUAGUUGGGAUGAAAUUCCGGAAUGGCAAAGAGACAAUGAUUUUAUUUUACAUGGAUACGUGAAAGAAACUAGUAGCUUCAUUGAAACUUUUAAAAGUUUGUUUUAUUUGCAUAAUGAAAGUGUCAAUAUUUAUUCACAUUUAAUUCCUGCUCUCGGGUUCUUCACUGUACUGUUGCUAGAUAAAUCUACUAUCAAAGUGUUUGCAACAACUACAUGGCUAGAUCAUAUGGUAAUCGACCUCUUUUAUUCGGGGGCGUUUGCAUGUUUAAUAUUGAGUAGCUCCUUUCAUUGUCUAAAGAGUCACUCCUUAAGAAUUGCUACCUUAGGAAAUAAGUUGGACUACCUUGGUAUUUGUAUAUUGAUUGUUACGUCAAUGGUCAGUAUUUUGUACUACGGCUAUUUUGAGAAAUUUUCCCUAUUUUGCCUAUUUGCGCUUAUUACCGUUAGCUUUGGGAUCGCGUGUAGUAUUGUGUCACUAAAAGAUAAGUUUCGGAAAAGAGAGUGGAGACCUUACAGAGCUGGGCUAUUUGUUUGUUUUGGUUUAUCCUCAAUUAUUCCAAUAUUCAGCGGCCUUUACUGCUAUAGUUUUUCAGAAAUUUGGACCCAAAUUCAGCUCUUUUGGGUAUUACUUGGGGGUGUCCUAUAUAUAAUUGGCGCUGUUCUUUAUGGAAUGCGGUUUCCUGAAAAGAUUUGCCCCGGUAAAUUUGAUAUUUGGGGUCAUUCUCACCAACUUUUCCAUUUUCUAGUUGUUAUUGCGGCAUUGUGCCACUUGAGAGGUUUAUUAAAUAGUUAUGAGUUAGUCCAUAUAAAGAUGGAGAACGGGAUUGUCUCCUAG